AUUCGACAAAUGGGAGGACGAAACACAAGGAAUGUCCCAUUGGCCACCAGUGUUUAUUAUCGAUGUGACCACUUUUCUAAUGAAAUACGAAAGCGAGGAGAAGGCUCAGCUGCAUUUGAACCAAUAUAAGAUCGGUAAAGCAUAUGAGUACUAUACAUCAGAGUGGCUGAAGGAGGUGUUUUAUCAUCCAAUAUCUACUUCAUCUCCCUACUGUUUUCUGCGUGCCAGAUGUACUCCAUCACAGAGUUUAAAUGCAGCGACUCACAGUGCCUGGGUCUGUUUACAGAAAGCCACAGGACAUGUUUUAAGUGCAUACUGCUCCUGCACAUCAGGGUUGGGACAAACUUGCAACCAUGUGGCAGGUCUACUUUUCCGCAUUGAAUCUGCAAACAAAUUAGGCCUUACAUCUUGCACCUCAGGCACAUGCAUAUGGGUAAAACCAUCUGAAAAGAAACUCCAGCCUGCUCCAACCAGACCACUUGUUGGAAAGAGUAAGGCUGACUAUGAUGUAAUGCCUGAAGCAAACAAUGACACCGGGGCUUGCAUUCAGAAAACUAUUUUAGCCUCUCUGAAGGAUGCUAUUCCAAAUGCAUGUGUAUUCAAAGGAGUGCACACUACUGAUGACCAGGAUACCACACAGUUACCUGUACCAGUGAAUCAGAAAGAAACAGCUGAUGUUAUGGUUUUUGAUGUUUCAAACUAUUAUAUUGACAAUAUGGUUAAAAACAAUGUAGACCAUUUCACAGAGACUGAGGUUCAAGCCAUUAACAACCUCACCAAUGGGUCAAUCAUCCAACCCCCAUUGGACAGAAAUGAGGAAAGGACGGAUUACGGCAUCAAAUUUCUAUGCUGUCCAUACAAAAGUGGAAAAUUAUAAGAGAAACGCUACACACUGUGACAUAAAGCCUUAAGUUUGCUUUCACGUAUAAUGGGAUAUAAAAAUGUUAAUCCGAAUGUGAUGUCUUUAAAGUAUGGACGAGAAAUGGAACCAAUUGCUAAAAUUGAGUUAAUGAAAAUGUACAGAAAAAAACAGAGAUGUAUCAUUUGAUGAAUGUGGUAUAUUUUUAGAUGUAGAUCACCCCUAUUUAGCAGCUUCCCUGAUUUAUUGGUAUCAUGUUCUUGCUGUGGUGAGGGUUUAGUAGAAUUUAAAUGUCCUCUCAUUCCAAAAUGUUCUACAUAUUUUUCUUUUUUUUUGCAAAUGUAAUUUGCCAAGUUGUUUACAAAACACUGAAUCACUUACAUUGAAACACGGGGCAUAUUAUGGUCAAAUUCAGGGCCAGAUUGAACUUACAAAGCGAAAAUGGUGUAUACUGUACAUAUAUACAUGCAAUGUACCAUUUUAUGAAAAUAUUGUGUUUGACCAGCAUUUUUAUUCAGAAAUGUCACCCAACAUUGAAUUUUUCUAUCAUUCAUUUGUUUUACCAGAGAUUCAUUCUAAGUCUUUGCAACAUCUUUUGACCCAAGAAAGUUUAAAUGUUCAUACACCGGACCCAAUGGAAAUUGACAACAAGGUACAUGUAGAAGGGGAGACAUAUUUUUGUCCUGAAUGUAAUAUGGUUGUUAUGAAUGAAGUGACCAAGCUUAAAGAGCGUAGCAUAUAUUGUGAUGUGUGCAAACUUUGGUAUCAUUUUCAUUGCGUUGGAAUAACUGACAAAUAUGUCAAAAGUUUGACAUCAUGGCAUUGUAAAAAAAUGCAUUCAAUCUUCUUCUUCUUAAGCUUCUCUCAAUAAAUGAUCUGAAGAAAAUAAAAAUUGUUGUAAAAUGGUAUACCCGGUACUUAUAUAUGAACAUGUACAUUUUAUGUAUAUCAUAUAUAUUCUAAUUGUUACCAUUAAUGUUCAUUGUAUGUUCAUUGUAUGUUCAUUGUAUGUACUAU